CCGAUCAAUACAUUCAAAUCGUUAUAAAUAAACGUUGAAUUGUGCAAUACGAUAAAAGGUUAUAUGUGUAGAAUAUGAAGUCAAAACUAUAUUUAUUGAUUUGCUUAUGGAGCUGUUGUAUAGUGUCUUGUGGCAAGAUGGCUCCGUCAGAGUUAAAUGCCGUUAAAAAUUCAAAAGAUAACAAAGUCGACAAAAGCAUUGAUUUUCUACAUAAAAUAAAGGAAGAUCUUCGAAGAAACAACGAUGAUUAUGCAGAAGCCAUGACGAGAACCAUUACUACAACCACUCAUACAGUACAAAGCAAUCAAAAGUUUAGUUAUAAAAAAGGAAAUUCAAAUAUAAUAGAAGAUUUAAAUAGAAGAGCGUACGAAUCAUUCAGCGAUGAAGAAAAUGCAAGAGAAUCAAAAGAAAUCAAUUUUUUUACUACUGCCACUGUUAAAAGAUUUUCAAAAAUAACUCAAACAAAACCUGCAGAGCCAAAAGUCGCUAAUAACAUGAAUAAACUGCAAAUGUUUUUUGAAGAAAAUAAAGAUUUGUUGAAAGAAUUUAUCGGUAAUAAAGCAAUGGCUGCUACUAAUAUGAUUUCUAGACCCGAACCUAACUUUAGGAUGAAGGCACAAGAAACUGUGAAGGAGGUUGUAUUGCCCAAUUCGGAACAGCUAGACAUGGCACCGGCCAAAGGUGGUCGUAUACACAUGCUUAGAAUUAAGGGUCGGCUAUGCCAACGCAACGUACUCAUUCCUGAAGGUCCAAAAUACGACAGCAAAGGCAAAAUAUACCUCCCAGCUUUUUCUGCAGGGCGUAAACAAUUUGAAAAUACCAUUGCUCCAAAACUCAUUCUGCCACGGUGCUGCAAUUGUUGUAAAAAAUCCGUAUUGGGGUGCGAAUAAAAAAAUAUGACAA